AUGGAUAAAUUGAGCCUUUUGGAGCCACUGCUUGAAAAGAAGCUGGAUCAACCGAAUAUAAGUUUUCAAAAGAUGCAAGCUUCUGUAUCAACAACCCAGUUAUUUCACAAAAAUGAAAGUGAGCCAGAACUUUUAUCCCUGAAGCAAGCAGUUCUUAAUAUUUCUUUGGAGUUCGAGAAAAAGCUGCCUCAUGCAAUCAAUAUUCCUUUCCUUGUGGAUGAAAUGAUGCCAUUUUCAGAUGAAAUCCAUUACUUAGUCUCUACUACUAAAGGUAAUAUUCUUUACUUUAAUGCUGUAACUCAGCACUUAGAUGAAAAAAAAAUUUCAGCUGGCCCUUUUUCAAUUGCUGUUUUGGAAAAUGAAAGAAUUGCUUAUUUUUCAAGGGAAAAUGAAAUUUUCUGCAUUAGUAUCCCUUCUCUGGAGUUUAAGUCAUUUCGAAAGUUUGAGGGCAAGCAUCUUGUUUGUUUAAAAAAUUCUUGGGAUAAGAAAAGUUUAAUUGCUCUUUUUGAUGAUGAAAUUACUUCGAUAAGCUUUUCUGAUCCAGGAGAAUCAAAAACGCUGGUUUCAGGCAAGUUUACCAAAAUCGAUAUAUCAAAUAAAGGCUAUUUUGCUCUUAUUUCCUCUGAGGACAGACUAGUGCUUUUGUCUCCUGAAAGCGAGAAAAUUGCUGAAGUAGCGAUCGAACCAAAAAGUAUCAAACUGAAAUUCUAG